AUGACGAGCACGUUCAUCAUCGAGGAGUGGCGCGACCUUUGGGUCCACAAGAGCGACUUCCUGAUCAUCUGCUUCGCGUACGUGUUCUCUUUCUCAGACUUCGUCAAUCUGCCGAAGAUGGUCGCCGAAAACGGCGGAGGCGCUUUCGCUAUCGCCUACCUCGUGUCGACGUUCGUCUGCUGCCUGCCCCUGGUGGUCACCGAACUGACCGUCGGUCAGUACUGUACGAAGGCGCCGCCUCAGGCCAUGAAGAACAUGUGCCCGCUUUUUGCAGACCUUGUGCGAUUUGCCCAUGCUGCCUGCUCUGCACAAACCUUGCCUCGCUCUCUUCGCGUCGUUGACCGCCUGGAAGUCAGACCACCGGUCUUGGAUCCGGCCGAAGAAACGAGCGAGUACAACUAUGUUGGUGCUGUGUACCACAGUGGCGAACCACCUCUUACCUUCAAAGCUAACGCUGAUCGCAUCGAAGUGAUGAACGUCACAGCUUAA